ACUCUCGGUGACUGGCUCGUUGUAAUUCAUUGCGAUGAUUGAACCCCCACCGAACGAUUCUCGAGUACGGGUCCAUUCACAACCGGAGCCAGCUGUGUUUUUAUCGCCUCCGCUCCUCUCCGCUCUCGAUUCAUCGGACGUCGUGCCGAUGGAAUUCAUUUUUGUUCGGUUUGGGUGCAAUUUGGGUAGCUCGUCGAUUGAUCCGUACCACAUCGCAUCGUCUCGCUCGACAAUUUUUCUUUUAAUUCGCGUAAUUAGAAUGAGGGAGUCAUUCGGAGACCCGCGUAUAGAGAUCUUUUGUCAACGGUACAUCUGUUAUUACGGCGUUUAGAGAUGCGUCCCGUGUAACGCGUAACGUAUGGAAAUGCGUGUUGUAUGGUAUGCCUUCUACUUUAGCAUACAGCGAGUCUACUAUUACGCUUUGCGUCUACUAUUAUAGUAUAAUGAAGACCGAAGGUGGUCCGAUGAAUCUUAAUGGAAAUUCAGACGGAGUUCCUCGCGGAAGAACGAGCUGGUACAAUUCGAAACGCGUCCGUGAGUUAAAUAAGAAACUGGGUAUAUUUUUUUCGAAUAACUCAAUUAUUAUCCGUCCUCGUUUCCGACGACGAACAAAUUAGAUUCCGAUGUGAACGAGAAACUGAAUAGAAGUUUAUCUUGAACGCGUUUAUUCCACCGAGUGAAAAAGCUGUAAGUUGCGUAAUUGUUGAAAGAGACGUAAGUCCGCGACGGAUUAUGCGAUAAUCGUAACACGAGAGCCGAUCUGAUAGACGGCGUCCUUAUCCUCGGUCGUACAAUUUGUUAACCUUCUCGUUACGUACAAUUGCGCGAGAUACGUUUUCUUUCCAUUUCGUGCAACCGACGUUACGCUCGUUGAAUGAUUAAUAAGCCUGAUAAGAGGAGAGGCUGCGUUACUCUUCGCGUCGCCGCGCCGGGACCGGAUAGAUAACUUCCAUUCCCCUCGUACCACCCCUCGGCACGGGUUUCGUAAAUGCCUUCCACGUUCUUGAGGAAUUCGAGAAUUCUCGCCUGGUUUCAAUUUCUCGACGAGCUUCUUCUUAAAUCCUGCUACAGAUCCUUAUUAAUUAAAACGAUCGUCGUUGGAACGUGAAUUUUUAUCGGAUGCACGAAACAUUCGUAACGUCAAUUUAGAGAAUGAAAUCUAAAUAAGAAUUCGUUUUGUCCUUUAAAAAUAAAAUGGAAAAUAGAAGAUCGCAUAUGUGGCGGUGGGUCAACGAGAAAAUUUGUAUAAUAAAUUUGGUAUUCCGUGAGGAAUUAAAGUCUUCGAAAUACCGGAGACUUCGAUGCCUCGCGCGAAGCGCUACCCCAGACUGAAUGAAAACUUUGAUGGCUUCUGUUAAAUGUCUACAUUUUCCAAGGAAUCUGAGCGAUGCGUGAACCUGAGAAUCUGAACUAAAAUAACUCGUUGCAUUUUAAAAUUAUACGACUUCCCAGUCUGUAAAACCAUCACCGACGUGGAAACAAUCGUUCGUGCUGCUCACACCGGACAGUUUUAUCUCGGGCCUUGGGCUAAUGAAUCAUCGACGCGUUGUGAAUGUCGCUUAACGUCCAGUCUCGGUGGUCGGCAUUCGGAUCCGUCUAUCCGAGUGUGCCACUCGUUCCAUUCCCAUCUUCGCCUCUCUCCACAGUCCUCCACGCAGUGUCUACCUGUUGCUCGAGCAGCGAAGGCUGCGGCUCUACCUGCUCCUCGUUCGUGAUCUCGCCGCGUGCACCUGAUCCGAGCUUUGAAAUAUCCGGUGUCGUUACGCAGUGAUAAUUCCUUCGGACGUUUGCUAGUGAUCGAUUGAAACUGUGAACCGUCGAUCACGCGACGUACGUGGUGCGUGAUUAUUUUCCGUGCAAUACAGUGACUGCCCCCGUGUUUCGGUUCUUUGCCUUCGAGCAGGAUGACAGCGAGUACGCCGAUCUGAAAUUGUGCAAUCAUUCCUCCUUCCGCUGGUACGAGCACGGACCUGGUGCCCCAGCUGCUGGGUAUGUUCGACGAGUUAGCUCGUCGUCCCAAUGGGUACAAUGGCGAUCACGUAGUGAAUAUACCAGCGGUGCUGCAGAAACGUUUGAGCCUGGUGUCGCAUCGAGGCUCGAUAUUCGGCCAGUUUCAUUCCGACUUGUCGAAGACCCAACCGGAGGACGCGAUGGCGAGCGACGAACCGAACCCUGAGAACACCGCGAACGUAGAUGAUAUCGCGGCCGAGAAGGAGAACGAGUCGCUAGAGAGGCUGGAGAACGUGGUGAACGAAGAGAAUAGGAGAGAUUGCACCGCGAUGGAAAAGAGUUACAGACGGGAGAGCAACGGUCUGACGCCUUUGAGGUACAACAGGCGGUGCAGGAACGGCGGUAGGCCGCUUUCUGGAUCCUCGGUCGCGUCCAGCACAUCCUCCAGCGGAUGUAGCAACCAAGGGAACGCGUGCACCAUCAAUCCUUAUUUGGCAUCGGUCGAGUCGCUGGCAGACACUUGCGCCAGCUCACAAGGUUCCGGUGAUAGCGGAGUGGUAACAGCGUCCGAAUCGAAUUGCCGAACAGGAAGCGAUGGAAGGAUCAGCGGGGAAGCAAACCCUCCAUUUCACAGGCCGCGUUACUGCGACCCCCAUAGGAAUCCGAUGGAGAGGGUCCUCCUCGAGAUAGUGGAUACGGAGGCGAUAUACGUGGAACAUCUGCGACAAGUGAUCCAGGGUUACCUCAUAUUCUGGAGAAACGAUCCGGCGUCGGAUCGGAUGCGACUGAGCGAUUUGUUCAGCAACAUUGAGGAUAUCUACGCCUUCAACCGAGAGUUCCUCAAAGAGAUCGAGAAGUGCGCACUGGAUCCCGUGUCUAUCGCGAACACGUUUAUCAAACAUAAUUCGGGGUUCAAAGUGUACACGGAGUACUGUACCAACUAUCCAGACACGGUUUCCGUGCUGACCGAUUUAAUGAGUAAGGAAGAGACCGCACAGGCGUUCAGGGAGAGACAAGCAGCCCUUGGUCACGCGUUACCUCUCGGUUCGUUUCUCCUAAAACCUGUCCAGAGGAUCCUCAAGUACCACUUGCUUUUAGAGAACUUGUGGAAGGAGUACGGAUCGGGCUGUGAACCAGGAGAGAACGAGACUGAGGGGAGGAAGGCGAUCGAGGAGGCGUUGGACGCUAUGACGGGGAUCGCGAAACACAUAAACGCAAUGAAACGCAGACACGAGCACGCGGUGCGCGUUCAAGAGAUCCAGUCUCUUCUCUACGGAUGGACUGGUCCGGAUUUGACUACCAGCGGCGAGCUCAUAGCCGAAGGUAGAUUUCGAAUACGAGGUGCCAAGGCGCCUAGGCAUGCUUUCCUCUUCGAUCGCAUGCUCCUGCUCACCAAGAAGAAAGAGGAUGGAGUUCUAGUCUAUAAAGCUCACAUCGUGUGUUCAAACUUGAUGCUCAUCGAGAGCAUACCAGGGCAACCGUUAAGCUUCAAUGUGAUUCCUUUCGAUAAUCCUAGGCUACAGUACACUUUACAGGCACGAAACUUGGAACAGAAGAGGGAAUGGACGUUUCAAAUAAAGAGAGUGAUGUUGGAGAACUACCACGCGGUGAUACCCUCGCACGCAAGGCAGUUGGUCCUGCAGCUUGGCCAGACGCAACCGGAAGACGACGCUCUGGCUGAUAGAGGAACGAUGAAGAACCAGCACUGCGCGCCUCCGGAAUACUUGGAGAAGCGGAAACAGGAGAAGGAGAGACGGAGAUCGGAGACCAGGCUCAGGCAGAAGUUCAAGAAGAGCGGCAGAAAGUCUGACACCGCGAUCGAGGAUUCUCCGGCGUCGCCGCGGAAAAAUCGGGACGAGGACUCCGGCGUGAACGAUACGCAAGGAUUCAAAGGCUCGGACGGACGCGGAUCGAAAGUGAAGGAUCGCUUUACCGGCUGGAGAAGAAAAUCGGAGCCCGGUUUCCAGUCUUAUGUGUCCCUGAACCAGUCGGACGAGGAACAAAAGGAGGAGGUGGAUACGUGUGACGCGGGAUCGGCCAACGUCGAAAUCGAGUGCGCCAUCGAGGCGUGUGAGAACGAAGAGUCUGCGACGAAUUCUCCGCCUGCGGAAACCAAAGAGAACAACGAGCAGCAGCAAACGCAGGCGCAGACCGUGGAGGAAAUAGUCGGUCACAUUCUCAUGCAGAACCAGGAAUUCCAGAAGCUGCUCGAGAAGCAGCGUAACAACAGCAUAAUUAAUGUGAGGCAGCAGCAACGUUUCAAUAAACGUAUCUCCGCGGACACGUCCGACGAUAGCGACUCUGAGAACACGAAUUAUAUCCCUGACAAUUCGGUGAAUAACAGGAUAUCUCGCGUCAGACGAGAACGAUUCGUCAAGACGAACAAUACCUUGAAUUCCUUGUCCUCUCCACGCGAGCAUCAACCCACCUUGCAAUUAUUAUACGAUAAUUUAAAUAAAACCGAGAACAAUAAACCAGUAGAGUGCAAAAAUAAAGCGAUCAACGUUCAGAAGAAGAAAGCGUUGCUCGGGUCGUUCACGAGGGAAAACAUCGUGACCGAGAGUAAAAUCAUCAAGACCGCGCUUACGAUAAGAGACAACUCCUCACCUAGGAACGAGGAGACAGCGCAAUCGUCAUCGGUUCCGAAAGAGACCGAAACUCGGAAUACGAAGGAAAAAGGAAUUGGGGGAAACGACGAGUGCGCGAAAGAGGAUGUGCGGACGGCUGCGGAAUCCGCGAAAGGAUUCGGUAAUUAUGACAAUCUGCAACACGUCUGGGACGUCGGUUCGCAAGAGAAGAAAGAUUUGGUCGAGAACGACGACAGUCCGACUCGGCCGGCGGUUUGGUUAACGAAAUUGUGUGAAGGAUUACCCACGUCGCCGCAAAAGUGCGGAUCGCUGCCACGUAGCUUCCAAAUCCACCCGAAUUCCACUCAGAACGUAACAAAAUCGCGGUUCUUGCAAAGGGACGGGAAACCAAUGAGCGAAAGACCGUUCACGAUAGCCUCAGACAAGCCCGCGGAGAUCAACUUGGAAGAUAUGGAGAGGUACGCAUCGUCGUGUCAGCCUGAAGGAAGAAUCGCCAAAUUCCCGACCUCCGUAUCUGCUUCCACGUCGACUUUUUUCUGUUCUUUGGAUGAUACGCUGACCGAUGCUUAUUCGGAGCUACGUAUAUCGUCGACGAACACAAACAUACAUCCCGAUCAUAAGAUCUACAGAGCAACCACCGGUGGAAGUGCGACUAUAUUCAAGAACGUACUUUCCAAGGCCGGGCACCGUCUUCAGGGCUUGAGGAAUACGAUGAGCACGGAAACGUUGGAGUGCAGCGAGGAAUUGGAGAGGACCAGAUACUUCCGUUCUCUAAGUACGAGCAAAUCGAAAAAGAAGGGGAAGACGAAGCACUCCAGAGAAUCCUCCUCGGACGUCGAAGAACUUGUCGGAUGCGCGACCAGAGGCUCGGACUCAAGGAUCACUUCUCUCUAUUACAAACAAGGAAGUUCCGGUUUGGGUGCUCGGAUCGCUCAAUCGGAUUACGCGGAUCCGAGCGUGCUGUUCUUCGAUGGUAAACGGCUCGGCCAACGGAGCCUUCGAGCGAAGGAGGAUAAGAGAGAGGACGAAGAGAGUACGGAGAACCGGGAGAGCGAGACAGAUAGUUUCUACGAAAAGUCGUUCGAGACGAUCGAGAACUAUGUCGAUGCGGAUAUGGACGACGCGUUUCGGGAUAGUGCAAUAUUCAGCGACAUCGAGGAAGUGUUUGUGGUGUCCGGACAGGUCUCGCCUCCCGAGGAUUCUUCCUCGUUAAAAAGCAAAGUAGCGCCUCCGAUACCGGCAAAGAAAAGGACGGAAUCGAUCGCCACCGCGAAUCCCAAUGCCGCAAUGACCAAGUGCAAACCCAACGUGGCUCAAAAGCCUGAUUACUUAAAAGUGAAGGUUUUCGCGAGGGGGCAACGAGAAUCGGAUCACAAGAGUCCGAUUAAGUACGCGUCGGAGAACGGUACGCGUAGUACGGACAGUUCGCGGAAUAAUCGCGCAGAGAACGGUGGCGAAGAGAAAGACGAUGUGUCCGCGGGUCAGAGCCAAGCGGGCUGGGUCAAGAAGAUAGUAGGUCAACUUCAGGGUCACAUCGAAACGUAAUUUAUAUGCCAAUGAGAAGGUACAAAUCUCCCUUAUACCCGGCCAUUGAACAUAGGAAUUCCAGGUACAUGGAUAUUCUUAAUACUUUAUAGCGACUGAUGAAUUCCUCGGUUUCGAUCUCGGAAAGUUCUUUCUUAUGUACUUUGCUAAGAGGUGCACGAUAGCGAGCGUGCAAGGAAAUUUGAUAUAAAUAUUCUAUCACAAAUGAAAUGAAACUUACAAAUAAAUAUUCCUAUGCUAUGUACUCGCUAUCAAAGUGAUGCAUAACUCGAGAGGGUCAAGGAGUUAAUUGUCCGAAUCUAUGAGAAACUUAGUUUCUCGUACGAUUCACGUACAAUCUUUGAGAUUACAUAUAUUUUAUUAGUACAACGCGUAAGAAGUAAAAUUCAGAUAUUUUAACGAAAGGCAUAAAAUGUACAUAGCGAAUCGUUAUAACGAGUCCUUCGUCGUAUUUUCUAUUUCAACAUUAAUAUCUAUGUUUAACGAUGUUUUGAACAAAGAACACUGUUAUCGCUACGUAGGCACUUGGCUACGUAUCUACACGUUUCCUGGCUGUCGUGUCGAAGCGCGCGUGCAUUGUACAGCAUUUAAAACAGAUACUGCCGAACGAUUUUAAACGAUAAUAUCCGUGUCAUAGAAACUUGGUGAUAAUGAUACAGGGUAACAUCGAAGUCUUUUAAAGAUGUUAACGUUUGGUAAUUUUAAAUCUUUAGAUAAGAUCUCAAAAUUGUUGCGAAUAAAUCAUUUUAUAACUGCACCCUGUAUUGUUACUAAUUAUAAGUUUUAGCGAGAAGUAAUUUUACUAACCGGACACAAUCUCGAUUGUAUCUUAAGCUUCGACUCGUUAGGAUUUAAAGGUCAUCGUUAUUUUAUUUCUCAACGUUAAGCAAGAGGAUAGAAAGUCACUUUAUAUUUUUUAUUUAUUCGCCAAACCUAACGGGUAGAAGAGAGUCGUUUGGACGCAAUUAAAGAAAGAGCAAACAAUAUAUUUAAUUCUAGACAAUAAAGAUUCGUGAUGAGAGCUAUUAUACGACUUAUUUACGAUUACGCUGUCCGUGCGGAGAGUCAAGUUUCUUUUCCAAUAAAUCGACCCGAGUAGCUCGUCGUUCUUUUUUGUUUUAAUUUUAGUUUUCUACGAGUGGGAAGAGAUUCGAAGGUAGAUCCAAAGUUUGGAAUAAUUAUUUCAGGUAGAUUUUAUUACGAGAGAUGUUCUAUUUACAAUAGGUUUCGGCUAGUCGUGUUUACAGAUACAAUAGUAAACGAUACAUAACGUUCAUAAAUUAGCUUCGCAAUACUGUACGUAUAUAUAUAUAUAUAUAUA